AUGUCCGUUGCCGCAGAAAUCGAGGCCGCCAAUACCAAGUAUGCGGCUUCCUUCACCAAGGGAGACUUGCAGCUCCCACCACGACGAAAGGUGGCCAUAGUAGCAUGCAUGGAUGCGCGCCUGGAUGUCGCCCGCGCCCUUGGGCUUGAAGAAGGCGAUGCCCAUGUCAUUCGAAAUGCCGGUGGCCGAGUGACCGAUGCUCUACGGAGUCUCAUCAUUUCACAGCAACUGCUGGGCACGCGGGAGAUUAUCAUCGUGCAUCAUACCGAUUGUGGCAUGUUAACAUUCACGGAUGAGAACAUCCACAGCAAAAUCCGAGCCGACCUUCAGCAAAACGCCGAUCACAUUGCUUUCUUGCCGUUCAAGGAGCUCCGGCAGAGUGUCUUGGAUGACAUCCGUCUGCUGCGGGAUAGCCCGCUUAUUCUUGAUGUUCCUGUUACGGGCUAUAUCUAUGAAGUUGAGACGGGUAAGAUUGUCAAGGUUAACGAGUAA